CCCUCCUCUCGUCCCGCAUGUUCAGGACCAAACGCUCGGUGCUCGUUCGGCGGCUUUGGCGGAGCCGUGCGCCCGGCGGCGAGGAGGAGGAGGAGGCGGCGGCGGGCGAACCCGGCGCGGCGGCGGCGGCCGAGGCCCGGGCGCAUGUCUGCGGCGGGGGGCGCGGGUGCUGCCCGGGCAAGGCGGGCCGCGGCGGCCGGGCGUCCGCGGGCGCGGAGGCGGAACUGAAGGCGCUGACCCACGCCGUGCUGAAGCGGUUGAAGGAGCGGCAGCUGGAGGGCUUGCUGCACGCCGUGGAGUCCCGCGGCGGGGCGCACCCCUGCCUGCUGCUGCCCGCCAAGGCCGACUCACGGUUGGGCCAGCACUGGUACCCGCUGCCGGUGCUGCUCUGCAAGGUGUUCCGCUGGCCCGACCUCCGCCACUGCUCCGAAGUGAAGCGGUUAUGUUGCUGUGAAUCCUACGGCAAGGCUCACCCCGAGCUCGUCUGCUGCAACCCGCACCACCUCAGCCGGCUCUGCGAGCUAGAGUCUCCCCCUCCACCCUACUCCAGAUAUCCAAUGGAUUUUCUCAAACCAACUGCAGAUUGUCCAGACUCUGUGCCUUCCUCCACUGAAACAGGGGGAACUAAUUGUCUAGCCCCUGGGGGGCUUUCAGAUUCCCAAGUUCUUCAGGAGCCGGGGGAUCGGUCACACUGGUGCGUGGUGGCAUACUGGGAAGAGAAGACGCGUGUGGGUCGGCUGUACUCUGUCCAAGAGCCCUCCCUGGAUAUCUUCUAUGAUCUACCUCAGGGGAAUGGUUUCUGCCUCGGACAGCUCAACUCGGACAACAAAAGCCAACUGGUGCAGAAGGUCCGCAGCAAGAUCGGCUAUGGCAUCCAGCUCACCAAGGAAGUGGACGGCGUGUGGGUGUACAACCGCAGCAGUUACCCCAUCUUCAUCAAGUCGGCCACACUGGACAACCCCGACUCCAGGACGUUGCUGGUUCACAAAGUGUUUCCAGGUUUUUCCAUCAAGGCUUUUGACUACGAGAAGGCGUACAGCUUGCAGAGACCCAACGACCAUGAGUUCAUGCAGCAACCAUGGACCGGAUUUACUGUUCAGAUCAGCUUUGUGAAAGGCUGGGGCCAGUGCUACACGAGACAGUUUAUCAGCAGUUGCCCGUGCUGGUUGGAGGUUAUUUUUAAUAACCGAUGACUUGAGACAGAGUGGACUCAUGACAUUUAUACUACUUUGCUGCUAUUAUUUCCUUCUGAGUGCUUGCUUUUCAUGCAAACUUUUUGUUUUUGUUUUGUUUUGUU